GUACUGAUCAACACAAUUCAUUCGUACAUACUUCAUAGUGUGGCAUAGAAAAGUCAAAUCAAAUUGAAGUCUUUCUUUCUUUCCGUUUCCGUGACAGUGUUGAAACACAGCAAAAAUGAAGGCUAAAGGACAGUUGAAGGAGUACGAGGUGAUUGGCCGUAAAUUGCCAACCGAAAAGGAACCAUCAACCCCUCUCUACAAAAUGAGAAUUUUCGCACCAGACAACAUUGUUGCAAAAUCACGAUUCUGGUAUUUCUUGCGUCAAUUGAAAAAAUUCAAGAAAACCACUGGCGAAAUUGUUUCAUUGAAACAAGUCUAUGAAACUUCACCAACAAAAAUCAAGAACUUCGGUAUCUGGUUGCGUUACGAUUCCCGUUCAGGCACACACAAUAUGUACCGUGAAUACCGUGAUUUGACCGUUGGCGGUGCAGUUACACAGUGCUACCGUGAUAUGGGUGCUCGUCAUCGUGCUCGUGCUCAUUCCAUUCAAAUCAUCAAAGUGGAACCAAUCGCCUCAGCCAAGUGCAGACGUGUCGGUAUCAAACAAUUCCACGAUUCAAAGAUCCGUUUCCCACUUGUGCAACGGGUAAACCACCGAGGAGCACGUGCAUUGUUCUCAUACCGAAAACCACAAACCUACUUCUUGUAGACAUCAUAAUAAUUUUGCUGUUUGUUAUCUCAUCAUGGUCGCGAUGUCAACAUGCGUAUCCAAUCGAUGCAGCAACUUAAUUUUUCUUUUUGUUUUCGCUUACCAUUUUUCUACAAUAAAUUUGAAAUUUUACAAUUAAACACA